CAUGCGUCAAAAAAUGUAAAUAUAACCCUACUUUUCAUCCUUAUCAUGUAUAAAAUUUGAAAAUUCUCUGUUUUUCUAUGGAAUUCACUUAACAUUUCCACUCGCACGAUGUCAACGAAACUAAAAUUGUACCUAGGAAGAAAAGUGAUCGAUUGCUUGCACAAAUACACGAAAUUUUCCUUAGCAGAGUUGCAACCGCUCAUUCAAGUAGGCAAUGCAGAUGAAACCAAAGUUGCUAUGAGCUUGCCUUUGAACGAUUUGGAACGGUUACUAGGUGUGACAAACAUAACAGAAGUCUUAAAAAUCCAACCAGAUGAUAUCAUCAAAAACAUCCACCUUGUAAGGGAUCGCGCAAACAGGCGAAUCUCAUUUGAAAUAGACAAAAAUAUAUUUGUGAAAGACGUGAUUGAAAACUGUGCAUUUCCUGACUUAAACUUCAGCCCAAAGAACAUUGUUGUUGACUUCAGUUCACCAAAUAUUGCCAAACCAUUUCACUUAGGACACCUCAGGUCUACUAUCAUAGGAAACUUUGUGAGCAACCUCAAUAGUUUCUUAAGACACAAAGUAGUAAGGUUAAAUUAUUUGGGAAACUGGGGAACUCAGUUUGGCUUUAUAAAAGUUGGUAUUGAAGAACUGAAGUACACCUUAGAGGAUAUUCAAAAAGACCCUUUAAAGCUUCUUUACAAAUCAUAUGUACAUGCUAACAAACUAGCUGAACAAGAUCCCGCUGUUCAUGAUAGAGCAAAGCAGGAAUUUUUAAAACUUGAAACUGGUUCAGUUAACGAUAUAAAUGAUUGGAAAGUCUAUAUGGAUUAUUCUAAAAAGGAAUUGAUAAAUACUUACAAUAGGCUAGGGAUAAUAUUUGAUGAUUAUAGUUAUGAAUCAGAUUACUGUGCAAAGAAUAUUGAAGACAUUGUUGAAACUAUGAGAGUAAAGAACAUAAUUCACAAAGAUAAUGAUGGGAAAGAAGUAGCUUCAAUAAAUGAGAAAAAGGUACCAGUUGUGAAAAGUGAUGGUUCGACAUUAUAUUUAACUAGAGACAUAGCUGCAGCAAUAGACAGGUUCAAAAAAUAUAGUUUUGAUAAAAUGUAUUAUGUAGUUGAUAACAGCCAAAGUGAUCAUUUUUAUGUCCUUAAAGAUAUUCUGUAUAAAAUGGAUCUACCUUGGGCAGGCAGAUUGGCCCACAUUAAGUUUGGCAGAAUUAAGGGAAUGAGUACGAGGAAAGGAACAUCUGUCUUCCUCAAAGACAUCCUAGACGAAUGCAGAGAUAUAAUGAUCAAGCGACAAGUUGAGUCACCUAGUAGCUACCAAAGUGCCUAUCAAUGAUGGUGAAAUAGCAGACAUCCUGGGAGUGUCCUGUGUAAUUGUUAAUGAAUUGAAAAGGAGGAGACAAAAAGAUUAUGAGUUCAACUGGGACACAGUUCUUCAGGUUCAAGGUGAUACAGGAAUAAGGCUCCAAUAUACACACUGUAGGUUACACAGUCUUGAAAAGAAUUCUGGUGUGAUAGCUGCAAAGCAAUGCAUUCCAGAGAUAUUUGACCACCCUGAAGCAUUACUGUUGCUGAAAGCUUUGGCUAAGUUUCACGACGUUUUAUACAAGGCAAAUGUGCAGUUGGAAGCAUACAUUUUGGUGAACUACCUGUUUCACCUUUGUAACCAAAUCAACAAGGCUCUGCAAGAAUUACAAGUAAAAGGUGCAAAUCCAGACGUAGCAUCUCAAAGACUAUUGUUGUUUAACACUGCCAGGGAGGUAUUGAAGAAUGGCAUGGAGAUACUGGGUAUUCAACCCUUGCAAGCAAUGUGAUACUUGGUGCUAGUCAAACGUAGGGAUGUGUGUAGAAAUUAUUGUGAUUCUUGUUGUCUUUAUCAACAUACACAAUAUAAAACAAAUCCAUUUUUUAUUCAAUAAACAACUAACUUUAAAAA